UUUUUUUAACAUAAAGAUGGUGUGACAUAAUCACCACAACUGUGGAACCAAUAGCAGAUGAUGUAAAAACAUGGAGAAGAAGUAUACUGUCUAAUGUCAAACAGAAUGACACCAAACGUGUCAUGAACUGGGAAGUCUAAUGUUACAAAAAAAUUUUUUUUUUUUAAUAUUCAUGCCGAUGUGCUGUCAUUGUUUCAUAGAAGUGAGAUGUCAUUUCAUACUUGGCUGGAAAAACCAUCCAGUGUUGGGUCUCUGAAGACAUCUAUUUUAAAUUUAUUUAGUAAAGGAUGAUUUUAAAAUGUAUACUACACCAUUCAUUUUUCUUUACUUAAAUUUAUUCCCAGGUACAAGUGUACUUGUUAUAUAGAAGGAAGGAAAAUGGGCUAUGCUGAAAACCUGGUCAAGGCACAUGCCAAGCAGAAGGCUUGUUUUGAAGCCCUGGAGUAUCUGUACAAGAACAACUGGACUAUCAUGAUCAAGAGCACUAACCCUAACGACCUCUGUGUGCUGAGGAGGAGUGACGUCUUGAACUGGGUCCCCACAAUGCCUCAGUCUGUGCCAGCAGAUGGCGCCAGGAGUGGCUCCAGUGCGGCCAUGAACAUGAUGGCCAAGAUGGGCUGGACGGGAGGAGGGCUCGGGUCCUCCGAGAAUAAAGGUUUGCCCAGUGCAAUCGAAGUUGCUCCGUCAAACACCUUUUCAAAGAGAGGCGUGGGGAACACCAUCUACGACCGCGUCUCCAGUGAUUUGAUCAGCAAACUGGAGGAGCUGCUGGAGUUUUACGCACAGUGCAACACGAUCGACGAAAUCGUGUUUCCUGGCAUCGAGUUUUCCGCCGAGGAAAAGAAAGCGGUUAUCCAGAUCGGCCAGAAAUACGGCCUGAAAACGUGUGGCACGGAGUACAAUAAGAUGAAUUAUGUGCUGGUGGGGAGAAAAUUCACGGGGUCCGACCUGGUGAAGUUUCUGGAACUUCAUGGAAACUGUAGCAAUAAAUACAUGUUGGUGAAACCUGAUACCUUUCAAGUGGAGAUGAAUAUACCCUGAAAAUGAUUCUUGGAAGUUUUGAAAAAAAAAAACUCAUUUCGUGGAAAUUUUGAAAUACUGUUUAAUAUUACAGGAUAAAAGUGGGAUAUAGCAACAGGAAAUGGUUCUUUGGAAUUUUGAAGAAACUUGCUACUUUCACCGCGCAAAAAUUGUAAAUGGUUGACUCCUGAAACGUUGGAAAUGGCCACGAUUUUUGGAAAUUACGCAUCGAAUUACAUGUAACAACUUUCAUAUGUAAGAUGUGAAUUCGAAAAAAUAAUCACUGGAAAAAAUAACUUGCAAACAUUAUUUCAGACGUAAGGACAAUUGGUAACAGUAGUUUUAGAAAAAUGUUACACUCUCUUGAUAAUUCAUCGGCUUAUGUAUGAAGCAUUUAAAUGUUGAAUAAAAGUAGAAGAGAUGAUGCUUA